CUACCCGAGUAGCCAAGCCCAUUUAUAUCUCCUUUAGUUUCGGUGACUACUGAGGUGGUCGGCGACUCCCUAUUGGCACAAACAUCAUCAGCACAUAUUUUUUAUCAAUGGCUGCCGCCGCACCGCCACCGCCACCAACUCCAGCGCCGGUGGAGGCAUUGCCAGGGUCGACUCCGGCGGUCCACCCUUUGUUCUGCCGCAUACGUCUGGCGACCCCUUCCGACGUUCCUCACAUCCACAAGCUCGUCCAUCAGAUAGCCGUGUUCGAGCACCUCACUCAUCAAUUCUCCGCUACCGAGUCCUCUCUCUCCUCCACUCUCUUCAAUUCUCCGCCCUUCCACUCCUUCACCAUCUUCAUCCUCGAAGUUUCCGCUAACCCCUUCCCGGAAUCGACCUUCAAUCCCUUGUACAAACCGACUGUUCGGAUUGUGAAUCUGGACGUUCCAAUCGAGGAUCUGGAUAGGGAGGCGUUCAAAUCGGAGGGUGAUGAUGUUGUGGUGGCUGGAUUUGUGCUGUUCUUUCCGAAUUACGCGACGUUUCUGGGGAAGCCAGGGUUCUACGUGAAGGAUUUGUUUGUUAGAGAGUGUUACAGAAGGAAAGGGUUGGGGAAAAUGCUGCUGUCGGCGGUGGCAAAGCAAGCGGUGGAGAUGGGAUACGGGAGAGUCGAGUGGGCCGUGCUUGAUUGGAACGUGAAUGCCAUAAAGUUUUAUGAGGGUAUGGGGGCCAAGAUCUUGCAGGAAUACAGGAUCUGUGGGUUAACUGGUGAGGCUCUUCAAGCUUACGCCAACUAAUUUCUGACUUAAGUUUUUCCUCCAAUUUCACUGUGGACAAAUGUUUCUGAUUUACUUCCACUUGAAGCCUGUGUUUGAAAUCGACUUUUCAUGUGUAAGAGUAUUAGGUCCUAUUGAUCAUCAAGAAUUCUGCGUUUGGGUUCAA